CCACGACGACAACCACACCUUCACUGCGACCACCCACCAUGGCCGAAUCAGCGACUGACAGCGGCAACGUCGCCGAGCAGUACAGCCUGCUUCCCAAGCUGAUGCCCAACCUCGACCGCCAUCUGAUCUACCCGCUGCUCAACUUCAGCGCCGACGAGGAUGCCGAGCAGCCGCUGGACCAGAAGAAGCUGCUGCUGGAGCUGCUCAAGCCGACCAACAUGACCGACUUCGUGGGCCAGCUGUACCAGGACGUGCACAACCUGGACGACAUGCCCGACGAGUACAAGACGAAGCGCGACCAGGUGCUGCAGCGACGCGACAAGCUGGAGGAGGAGACGAGCAAGAUCUCGGGCCUGCUGGACGACGAGAAUGUCGUCACCAACCUGCGCUCCGACAAGGUGCAGAACUUGGCAUACCUCAAGGACACGCACGGCGUCACCGUCGAGAUGGUCAACCAGCUGUACGAGUUUGGCAGCUUCCAGUACAGCUGCGGAGUCUACCCACACGCCGCCGAGCUGCUGUACCGCUUCCGCGUUCUGGUAAGAAACAUACAAGAGCGCGAGGCCACGUGGGGCAAGCUCGCCUGCGAGUUCCUCUCCGUCAACUGGGACUCGGCCAUUGAGGAGAUCAACAAGCUCAAGGAGACCAUCGACACGCGCCUCUUCAACAACCCCCUCGCACAGCUGCAGCACCGCACAUGGCUGAUCCACUGGUCGCUGUUCCCCCUCUUCAACCACGAGCCCGCCCGCGAGAGCCUGACGGACAUGUUCUUCUCGCCGUCCUACAUCAACACCAUCCAGACCAACUGCCCCUGGAUCCUGCGCUACCUCGCUGCCGCCGUCAUCACAAACCGCAACAAGGGCCGCAACUCGAAUCAGUACCAGAAGCAGCUCAAGGACCUGAUCCGGAUAGUCAGGCAGGAAGGCUACGAGUACAGCGACCCCGUCACCGACUUCAUAAAGGCGCUGUACAUCGACUUUGACUUUGAGGAGGCCCAGAAGAAGCUGAGCGAGACCGAGGAGAUUCUCAAGAACGACUUCUUCCUGCUGGGUGCCGCGGACCAGUUUGUGGAUGCGGCGAGACAUUUGAUUUCCGAGAGCUACUGCAAGAUCCACCAACGGAUCGACAUCAAGGACCUCUCAACCCGCCUCGGUCUCUCACAAGACGAGGGCGAGAAGUGGAUCGUCAACCUCAUCCGCGACACCCGUGUCGACGCAAAGAUCGACUACAAGGCCGGCACAGUCAUUAUGAACCACCCCCCACAAUCCGUCUACCAGCAGGUCAAUUGAGCGGACAAAGGGCGGAUUCUUCAGGACCCAAGUCUUGAGCGCGGCAGUUGCGAAAUGAGCGUCUUGAUAAGCUAUUUCGAAUGAUGCAAGGAAACGAGUAGACCGCUUGUGGGGAGGCGAAGGCGUUCAGCGAUUGAAUGGACACGACGGAUGGACAAAAGCGCAGACUCCUAUUUUCCCACGCGGAGAAUUGCGACGAGCUCGCAGGAUGCAUGCAUGAUUCAUGGCGUCUUUUCUGGGCUUCUUUGGCGGCGGACAGACAGUGCAGAUGAGCUGUACUUAUUUAGAUGCGAGCUACUUACCCCUUUGAAUCAAACAAGAACAAGACAACCCAAC